AUGUGGCUCUUCAAGGGACUGCUCAAAUACGUCAUUCACAUUGCAAUGCGGCUCUUGAAGGGACUGCUCAACUACGGCAUUCACAUUGCAAUGCGGCUCUUGAAGGGACUGCUCAAUUACGUCAUUCACAUUACAAUGUGGCUCUUGAAGGGACUGCUCAAUUACGUCAUUCACAUUGCAGUGCGGCUCUUGAAGGGACUGCUCAAUUACGUCAUUCACAUUACAAUGUGGCUCUUGAAGGAACUGCUCAAUUACGUCAUUCACAUUGCAGUGCGGCUCUUGAAGGGACUGCUCAACUACGUCAUUCACAUUGCAGUGCGGCUCUUGAAGGGACUGCUCAAUUACGUCAUUCACAUUACAAUGUGGCUCUUGAAGGGACUGCUCAAUUACGUCAUUCACAUUGCAGUGCGGCUCUUGAAGGGACUGCUCAAUUACGUCAUUCACAUUACAAUGUGGCUCUUGAAGGAACUGCUCAAUUACGUCAUUCACAUUGCAGGACUGCUCAAUUACAUCAUUCACAUUGCAAUGCGGCUCUUGAAGGGACUGCUCAAUUACGUCAUUCACAUUACAAUGUGGCUCUUCAAGGGACUGCUCAAAUACGUCAUUCACAUUGCAAUGCGGCUCUUGAAGGGACUGCUCAACUACGGCAUUCACAUUGCAAUGCGGCUCUUGAAGGGACUGCUCAAUUACGUCAUUCACAUUACAAUGUGGCUCUUGAAGGGACUGCUCAAUUACGUCAUUCACAUUGCAGUGCGGCUCUUGAAGGGACUGCUCAAUUACGUCAUUCACAUUACAAUGUGGCUCUUGAAGGAACUGCUCAAUUACGUCAUUCACAUUGCAGUGCGGCUCUUGAAGGGACUGCUCAACUACGUCAUUCACAUUGCAGUGCGGCUCUUGAAGGGACUGCUCAAUUACGUCAUUCACAUUACAAUGUGGCUCUUGAAGGGACUGCUCAAUUACGUCAUUCACAUUGCAGUGCGGCUCUUGAAGGGACUGCUCAAUUACGUCAUUCACAUUACAAUGUGGCUCUUGAAGGAACUGCUCAAUUACGUCAUUCACAUUGCAGUGCGGCUCUUGAAGGGACUGCUCAAUUACGUCAUUCACAUUACAAUGUGGCUCUUGAAGGGACUGCUCAAUUACGUCAUUCACAUUGCAAUGCGGCUCUUGAAGGGACUGCUCAAUUACGUCAUUCACAUUGCAGUGCGGCUCUUGAAGGGACUGCUCAACUACGUCAUUCACAUUGCAGUGCGGCUCUUGAAGGGACUGCUCAAUUACGUCAUUCACAUUACAAUGUGGCUCUUGAAGGGACUGCUCAAUUACGUCAUUCACAUUGCAGUGCGGCUCUUGAAGGGACUGCUCAAUUACGUCAUUCACAUUACAAUGUGGCUCUUGAAGGAACUGCUCAAUUACGUCAUUCACAUUGCAAGUGACCCUGUAGCUCAGCGUGACGCGGGUAAAGACUAA